CACCAAACAACAUUGUCCUAUUAAAUUAUAAUUUGACGACAACAACUAGUAAUUAGGGGUAAUAUGUAAGCUAUCAGCGAUCCCAAACAGAACCCCCUACUCGCGUGGAAGAGUACUCCAUUGACACCUCUCAAUAUAUUGACCUUGAUCACUGAUAGAUCAAUAAUUCACACCUGAUUGUCACACCUGGCACAUGUCAAUUUCACUCUCGUAAAAUCAUUUCAAGUAUACACAUAGGUAAAUCUGCAAUCAACGCAAAAUUUAGUUAGUUUAAACAACACCUAUCAAGAAUAUAGACAGUAUUCACCAUGAAAAUUAAAAGGUCCAUCGGAGAGAAACUUCGGAAAGUAACAAAACCUACGAGGAAUGGCGGCGUUAGCAAAGGGACCACUAAGCAUGUGAAUGAUGAGAAAAACCGUGACCGUCUUAUCAGGUGCUUGUCGCAGAUCAGGUCAGCUGUGACGGGGUCAACCAUAAAACAGGCGUCUACAGUUAACAACACACCAGCUGCACUAGAACACGACACAGGACAUUUGUAUCAACAACGAAAAUCCAAGACGAAAGAGACCACCCAGACUGAGAUGAAACCAAACAACGUUGAAGCAAAGCCCCAGUCCCGGGGAAUGAAGGACAUCUUCAAAAGUCUAAAAAAUCUGAGAAGUAGGUCUAACAUUAAAGGUUGUUCAUACCGGCGGCUACCCAGAAUGCCGCAAGAACAACAAGGCCUGGAGCUGGCUGCGCCGUACACCACGCCUGCAGAUAACAUAAACACCGAACAAAUCCGACGGAUGCCACAGAGACGGUUGUUUAGUCGAGCCAUUUCAAAUUUGGACAACUCGAUACUCAGUGCUCAGCAAUACACAAUGUCAACAAUGAUGUGCCCGGACACUACCAUCUACAGCCACCCUCAGCCGGUUUUUAUCGAGUCUGAUGCCGAUAUAUCGCUUCCCCGAUUAUCGUCAACGCCUCUAACCGCAAGGAUCGGUAGUCCUCGCUUUGCAUCGACGCCCACGUCCGACAAACACGCCAGCAUCAUCUCCAGGAUCGAUCACGUGAUGGACAGUUCAGCCAAUCAGUGCUCCAAGAUAUUUGAAACUGGCCACAGUGUUAAUCUGAAAAUGAAUCUAGAACCCUUAUUUGUCGAAAGUUACGAGGCGGUGGCUAACAUGUGGCGUCCUUGGUUAUGAUGACGUUGAAUUUCUGCUUGAUUAGUGCUAACGUAAACCUAC